AUGGCAUCACAGAGGUCCCAAGCGACGUCCAGCCCUUCUGCAUCAUCCAUUUUCCUCCCCCUUGGCCGACGGUCAAGGCGUGGUUCCUUGGCUUCAUGCAGCAGCCAAACUGAAAGAGAAAAUCUGAAUGAAGCCCUAGACCAGAUUCAUAAUGCAGCUUGUCACUCCGACGCCCUCACCGUUUUCAACGAAUUCAGCAAUCCACCCGUGCCCUCGACGGCAGCAGGCAAUAAACCGGGUGUUGUAGGAGAUAUACAAGGGGGACUCAGUGGGCUUUAUAGCCUUUUGAGAGCAUCUGUUGGCGGUGUUAAAGACAUGGUCGGAGGAUCAGCCAAAGCGCCUGAUUCAGAAGCCCCGUCAGCGAAGGCCCCUGUGCCCGCACCGUCUCAGUUAAGCUUGUCUGGGUUGGGUGGUUCUGAUAACCAGUCUUCACCGGCAAAUUCUGCGCACGCAUCAAAGGCCCAGUCGCCUGUUCUAGGAACCUUCGCCUCACAGAGCGAAGGGAUGACAAGCUUCUCUGCCCCUAAAUCGUCUAAAUUGUCUUCGAAAGCGCCAAGUGUCUCGUCAAAGGCUUCAAUACCAUGCACUGGAGGGUUAAAACCAUCUCUCACCUCUUUAACGAGAGUGUCUCCCUCUGCAACUGCUGAUCCCGCCGUGAGCGAGGUUAACGUGAACGCCGUUAGACCCGGCAUACAUCACACGCCCAGCAAUUCGGGUAGUUUGUCCGCGAGUGUUAUCGCCCAUUCGGAUUCAACUGCCUCUGACCGCAUGGAUGGCUCUUUGCAGAUGUCCUCACUUCAGUCGUCGCAAGAGCUAAGGUCAGGUGCACCGCCUCGGUCUCCUGGGUUACUGACGGAUGAAGCACGUGCUUAUGAAGGCCGGGAGCGCGGUAUGGCUGGCUUGUUGCAUUCGCAGGGAGCUCCGUCCUACGAGCGGGUUUUGUCACCUACCAAAGCUGCAAUGCAAAAUGAAUUGACAGAACUUGAUGCAACGUUGCCACAAUCCCAGUGGAAUACCAGAGAACCCGAACUUUCUCAUAUCACGCAGCCUCACUCGGGAAACUCGACUACGUCUUUACCUGUGGAUCAUUCACCCGUGCAGACAUCGAUGUCAAAUAGUGUUGCGAAACUAUCCACCGGCGAAAGUUCGAUGAAUGACACUCGAAACCGCUACUGUUGCUACAUCGGUGUCUGCGACGGACAGGGAAGGCUCCUCGGCACACUCUUCGAAAACUUCACUCGUAAAGCCACGAGAGAAGCACGUAUGAUGUCCUCAACUUCCUCCGGAGCUCGUUCUUCUACAGCUCUUCCUCACAUUUCAUUCGAUACUCCUGAACCAGUUCGCACCACUCAGACCGGCGUCCAAGUAUCAUACGACCUGAACCACCCACAAAAGAGUAGUGCUACUUCAUUCAAGAACAAGUUAUUAAGCAGAGAAUAUUGGAUGCGUGACGAGAAUGCAAAAGAUUGUUUUCAUUGUGGGGAACCAUUUUCCACUUUUCGGAGAAAGCAUCACUGUCGUACCUGCGGGCAAAUUUUUGAUUCUAAAUGCACAUGCAUCAUACCGGGUGCUACCUUUGGGCAUUCUGGCUCCAUACGAGUCUGUAGGCCAUGUGAGGCCGUGAUCAACGCACACGAAUCCGAUUCUUCAGAUUUCAGUGGAGACGAUAUGAGUCCGGUGAUUGUCAACUCCCGCAAUUCUGAGAGCUUAGGAAGCGGCUUGAAGGCCCGACUUUCUGCUGAAGAUGAUGAUUCGUCUUCGGUGGUUUCUCAAUCAGUUGAUCAAGUCCUGAAAACUCCGACAAUGGCCAUUCCUGCAACUCGCCGAACUGGGGACGGAAACAAUCGCCGCUCCGCAAUACUCGAAAUAGAUUCGGAUCGCCCGCUUACAAGGCCUACGUCUUCGAGAUCUUUGCGAUCUUCGCUAAAUGGAAGGGCUCUCACCGUGGCGCACAAACGCUAUCAUUCCCGAUCCCAAUAUGUUCGCGGACUCAAAUCUUACCAUGAAGAACGAGCACCGUUUCAGCGUCGAGUUGGAGAGGACCAUUCUGCUGAUGCCAAACUGCACGCAUUUCAUCGAGAUAAUAUCAUCGACCCAGAUUUGGCACAGUACCUUUCAGACGAUGCCUCGAGUGCUGAUGAGCAGCCGAACUUAUUUUCCGUGGUCUCCGAUAGCGCUCUUUCUAAGAGUGGUGGAGAGGCGGAGAAGGCCGCUUUUGGAGGUUUCCUUGCAGCAGUGAAAAAGGGCCGGUCGCGUUUUGGUGAAAGGUCUGGCCAUGGCGCGUUUGCCAAUCGUGAGUUAGACGACGGCAGUGUGAGCAGUUCCAGAGCCGUGAACCUGGGCCGUUCUACAAGGCGACGGAACCUGAGUGUUGCGAGCAGCAUCCAUCAACGUUUGUCACCGAGAGUUCCUAAAGAAAACCCGUCGGUAGUCCAUUACUUUCAAGAUCAUGCUGUGGCUCCUGCAAUCCCAACUCCUGGCCCUGGUGGAUUUAAGAUGACAAGGAGCUCCUCAAUGAGGGGCGCUGGUGCUCCUCCCGUUGAAUUAAACAAGGCUAGUCUUCAUCACGUUAGAAAACUCCUUCGACAACUUUUGAAAGAUGCAUCGAUCCCACAUUCACACAGUUGGGAAACUGCUCUUCUGCCGAUUCUUUUAAAGGCCACAGAUGACGUGGAGCCCGACGUCCAGCACGGUGAUGACAUGGAUAUACGCCAUUAUGUCAAACUCAAAAAGAUACCCGGUGGCCGCGCCGGCGAUACGUCUUACGUAUCCGGUCUAGUCUUCACGAAGAACUUAGCAUUAAAAAGCAUGUCAAGGAGUAUUCCGCGCCCAAAUAUACUCAUCAUUACCUUCCCCUUGGAAUAUGCACGGCAACAUCAACAUUUCAUGAGUUUGGAGCCAGUUAUACGUCAAGAGCGCGAAUUCUUAGAGAACCUUGUUGGAAGAAUAUCAGCGCUGAGUCCCAAUGUUCUUCUGGUCGAGAAGAAUGUAUCAGGCUUGGCUCUGCAGCUCUUGGAAAAGGCAGAUAUUGCAACGGCUUAUAAUGUUAAGCCAUCCGUCAUUGAAGCUGUGUCAAGAUGUACUCGGACCAAAAUCAUAACAUCGAUGGAUAGGCUGAUCGCUGCGCCUUCAUACCCCGGUCAAUGCGGUAGCUUUGACGUUAAAACGUACGUCUACAAUGGCCGAAAGAAAACGUACAUGUAUAUAUCUGGAUGCCCCAAAGAGCUUGGCUGCACGAUUACCCUCCGAGGUGCUAGCAACGAUGUUCUUGUUAAAAUCAAACGGAUUACGGAAUUUAUGGUGUACGUCGUGUAUAACCUCAAACUCGAAACCUGCCUCAUGAGGGAUGAAUUUGCGAAGAUUCCAACGUCAACUCAAGGCACUUCUUCUUCGAUAAAAGAUAGUCCAGCUGCCUCUUUCAGCGGUAAACGUGAAGAUAGUAGUUCUAGAGUGGACGAAUGCACGAAAAAGCAAAAGGCACAGAACGAAGGAACUCGAGUGCAUGGUAGUCAAGAAGGCGAACCAGCUGAUUCAACGAAUACUCACUCGGAGUUCCAGAGUGCCAAAUUAGAUGCUUCACAGUGUACUCCAGCCCCCGCCUUUUACGAAGAUAUGGUCGAGAAACAUCAAACAAAGAUAUUAUCGGCUUCGCCCUUUGUUCAAUUCGAACAACCUUAUCUUUUAAUGCGUGCAAGGGAGUUAGAGAGGCAACUUGCUUAUCUUAAGCGGCUACGUGAUCAAGAUUAUGCCGCCAGUACGCCUAGCGAUGAGGCUGGAAAGUCUCAGAAAUUCGUCCUCAUCACACCCGAAAUGAUACACGAAUCACCCUCUGGUGCGUCAGAAAAAGCGAAAGAGGUUUUGCAUGCUUUGCACGACGCAGAGUAUGAUAGAGCCUUAUAUAACUACCAAACGCAAAAGCGGCAAUGGGAAACCUAUAUUUCCGGGAAUACCAACCUUUUUGAUCCUUACGGACACCAAAAUAUUGUUGUAUUAUACAGUUUAGUGUGUACCACCACGUCCAUACCCUGCUCGGGCCCAGAUCUAUUCGCACUUGAUUUCUAUAACGACCAUGGCUCCGAUAGGAUUUUCGAAGCAGACUGUACGCUCGGCCAGUACGUUGAAGAUCUGUGCCAUAAUGCGAAUACCGUAUGCACUGCAAAUGGUUGUGAAGAACGUAUGUUUGACCACCAUCAGCAGUACGUGCACGGCGAUGCGCAAGUCAGCAUUUUCGUCCAAUCAUAUCCAUCCAAGCUUCGUGGCUUGCAAGAUACUAUUCUCAUGUGGAGUUGUUGCAAGGUUUGUAGCAAUGAGACGCCUGCAAUGCCCAUGUCAGAGAGCACUUGGAAAUACUCUUUUGGAAAAUAUCUUGAGUUAGCGUUUUCCAGCACGGCGUUGCAUGUCAGAGCCGGCGUUUGUCCCCACGAUCUGCAUAGGGACCAUUUGAGAUAUUUUGGUUAUAAAGACGUGGCGCUUCGCAUUCACUAUGACCCGAUUACGCUGCUGGAGAUUAUAGUCCCACGGCCGCGUGUCACAUGGAAAGUGGACAAAGACCUUCGGCUUCGAAACGAGAUAUUUACCAAAGCCGAGAAACGAUUAACGAAGUUUAUGAAUUCCGUAAAGGCGCGGUUACGGGGAAUUAAUGUCGAGAGUGUCGUCCCGGAAAUGGCCCAAUCUUGUAAAAUGGAGGUUGAGGCGCUUAUUAAACGAGCCAACGAUGAACAUGCAGCUCUGAUCAAGCAACACCAAGACAUGUACAUGAACUCGAGGUACUGGGAAAUUAUACCUUUGAACCGGGUUAUCUUAUCGAUUCAAGAAAAGGUUGUAGAAUGGGAUGCAACCUUUGCCGAGUUUGAGCACAACUACUUCCCGUCUGAAAAAGAUAUCAGGCGACUAGCAGCAUUGCAACUCAGGCGGAUUUUCCUUGAUAAGGACGUUUCCGUUACCUCUCUUACGUCGAGCGAUGAGGGUGCUGUGACUCCCACGGAACCUGACGAACGAGGAGCUGAAUCAACGACUUCUCCAAGCAUGGCCCGUAGGAUGACCUUGUCACCUCAGCAAGCCAAAAGCGUUCUCGCUUCCGUUGUCGAGGAACAUUCCGGCAAACAAAACAAGGACCAUGGCAACGAGGCGCAAUUAUCGCCCUCACUUACGCCAAAGGUUGGGGCGACUAUUCUUCCUGAAACUGAUAUGACUUCCCAGGAUGGAGUCCAGCAUCUGGACUUGGCCAUCCCUAACAGCCUUGCCGAAAGGCUUUCCCCGCCGAGAAACAACCACGGUCAACUUGGCUUUAGCGAGAGUCGAGGCUGUGAAACUCCAUCUCCCGCUGCAAGCGCAGACGCCAAUGACAUGGGAUCUCCUUUAGCGAUUGAGAAACCCCCGAUUCCGAAAAGCCUCCCUGAUAAGGCAAACGAAGGCAAUGGUGCUUUGGAAACUGUUGAUGAAACGGUUCCCAAGGUUCGUCCCUCAGGAAUCCCAAGGCCUUUACCUGAAAAGUCGUUUCGACGUGCGUUUCGAGCACGAUCCCCGCCGCUUUUGCGGACGCAGUCGCAGCCUGUACACUUGCAAAAUGACAGGGGUUUGUCCGCGAGACCGCCUCCCGCAAAUCUUGAUCAUAGUGUCGACUCUACAAGGCAAGUUGACGUCUCUCUCGUUCAUGGUGAAGAGCUCAAGUCGAAAGGGAGCGAAAAGCGACUCUCCGAGAGGCUUGGCCUAUCGUCUCUCAAACCUGGCAAAUUGACGUCGGGCCAUUCGCUGAUACCGCGUUCCAUCCCUAAAAAGCACAAUUCAAGAGUGUCGUCCCUUGCAAGGCAUUUCGAGCAGCUCAGUCGCGAAUUUGAAAAGGAACGGCAACGAGAACGAAAACAACGAGCAGCACAGGGAAAACAAUCGCGAGCAUACCCAAUGGCAUCUUCAAACCCCAUAAUGGAAGUCUAUAAAAGCGUGAAAGACGCAGUUGACCCGUCAAAUGAAGAUUUUGUUACUAAUUUACCUUCUGCGACAAUUUCAAAAGAGUCAAGUUCCUUAACGGAAGAAACGGAAAGCCGUGCUUCACCAGUAGAUCGUCCACAAAAGCCCGAAGAGCAACAGCUAGACGUUGAACCACGACCAUCAGAGGAGUCUCUGCGGGAUAGCAGUCACGCGCUAUCUGAAACUGAAGGCGAUGGCGAGCAGAGUGAAAGUGAGAAGUGCUUACUCGAGGAAUUUCACUCAGUGGAAGGCGUGAACAACAUACCCACAGAAGAGAUCGUGUUAGAACUGAAGGAGUUGCCAAAGCACGAACGGAGCUCUUUGGUCAAAAUGCUGGCUAACUUCUGGGCAGAACGCUCCGCGAGCGGCUGGGCUCCUCUUGACUAUCCUUUGAGUGAUACCGACCAUGUAUUUGCCGACUGUGACAUCAUUGUUCGCGAAGAUGAACCGAGCUCUCUAAUCGCGUUCGCUUUGGACUCGGAAGAUUACAAGCAGAAGCUUAGAAGUAUCCAGGAGACGAAUGAGAGAACCCAGACUCAGAUGGCGGCUGACCCUGAGAAUCCGGAUACAGAGCCCGAAGUCGAGCAGUCGUUACUCCGGAGCACUGGAACCCAUUUGAAGUAUCAGUUCCAAGAAAACAAUGCAAAGAUGCUCUGCAAAGUAUUUUUCGCAGAGCAAUUCGAUGCUCUCCGGAGAAAAUGUGGCGUAUCAGAGCGAAUUGUGGAAUCCUUAUCCCGGUGCAUGAAGUGGGAUUCCAAAGGCGGCAAAACAAAGUCCCUCUUCUUGAAAACGCUUGAUGACAGGUUCAUUUUGAAAUCGUUGUCGACAGUCGAAACCCAGGCGUUCUUAAAAUUCGCGCCGGCAUAUUUUCAGAUCAUGUCUGAAGCUCUGUUCCACGAACUGCCUUCGGCAAUCGCCAAAAUGUUCGGGUUCUACCAGGUUAUCAUGAAAAACCCGGUCACUGGAAUAGAAUUCAAUUGGUUUUUACUUCUCAUGGAGAACCUGUUUUAUGAUCGCAAUCCUACUCGCAUCUUUGACCUUAAGGGGUCUAUGCGCAACCGCAAGGUACAAAGUACGGGAGAGCAAAAUGAAGUCCUCCUUGACGAAAAUAUGGUCGAGUUCAUCUAUGAGAGCCCGCUUUUCACAAGAGAACAUUCGAAGAAGCUCCUGAGUCAAAGCGUCUGGAACGAUACCUUGUUUUUGGCCCGGCAAAACGUUAUGGAUUACUCUCUCAUGAUCGCCAUUGAUGAAGGUCGCCAGGAGCUGGUCGUUGGGAUAAUCGAUUGCAUAAGAACGUAUACUUGGGAUAAGAAAUUGGAAUCAUGGAUUAAAGACCGGGGGUUUGCUGGCGGUGGCAAGAAUCGUCCGACGGUGACGAGUCCAAAGGAGUACAAAAAUCGCUUUCGAGAGGCGAUGGCCCGAUAUGUGCUCCAUGCGCCAAACCCCUGGCAUCAGUUCCAAAUUCCAAACUCUGGCAAGCUAUUCCUCAACGCCCUCGAUGGCAGGCAAGCGUCCGAUCCAGGAGAUAAGCAAGCGGAUGCAAGGUCCAAUUCUCCAAUGGAGCAGGACCAUUCCUUUGAGCACUCAGCUGCUGAUGGCAGUCCGCCUGGUGCGGCUAACCAUGCUAGAGCAGAGGAUGGCACACCGCAAUACACUCCUCCACUUCUCUCUCUCCCGUCAGAGCUCCUCUAUGAAAUCUUCAAUUAUUUACCAAGCUUAUCGCUAGUAUCUUUGUCCGCGACAUGCCAGUUUCUCCGAGAGCAUGCGAACAACGAACUGCUUUGGGCCGCUUUGGUGAAUUCCAACCUCCAUGCCCCUCUCGAUUGCCCCGCGCCGUUCGAGUCCUUCCGAUCCCUGUAUGCCGCCCACUAUCCGUUUUGGUUUCUCGUGCGGAAAAGAAUAUGGUUUUCAGACGUGCAUAAUACGGGGAAGCUGAUUCUCGUUCGAUAUAACGCUUCGCGGGGCCGUAUCGAGGGGUUCCGGAUCGUGGCAAGCAAUUCGUUUCGUCAAUUCCAAAUAUGGCCUGUAAAUGCGUCUGUGAUAAUCAACUCUUUCGAUCCGGACGUGUCGCUAUGGCUGGAUGAUCCGGUGAUACUGCUCAAUAAGAAUGUGGCGUCGACGUUUACUUCCAACCCCACUACGCGGCAGUGGGAGGUUCAGAUGCCCAUGGACCUUGAGUCUCAGGGGGUGUUCAGCUCUUUUCUCUUUUGCGACAAGCGAUCUCCUCGACCUGAUAUGUGCCCAUCAUCGGUAUGGCCACCAAGUCGCAUUCCAACGGAUGAACGGGUCUGGAUUCCGGAAUCGGAGACCGGGGCGGUGGAGACCUGUGGCAGUCCGAUGCGCCUGGGUGAUCUGUCUGAAUCGGGAUUUCGAGUGAGAAGAUGGAUACAGUUUAAUAGGAGUCAGAUAACGUCAAUGGAAAUUGGUGUACGCAUCGACGGUGUAGCCACCUAUGGGACACUGAACCCAGAGCUCUACACGCCAACAAAGGACAAACCGUAUAGAGGAAUAUGGGUUGGGGAUUAUUCUGGACAUGGAUGCGAGUUUUUAUUGAUGGUGCACGGAAACCCGGAUCCUCGACCAAGUUCAUAUUAUACUAGGGAAACGAUGGAGGAGGACACCACGCCGAGUAGUAGCGCAGAGAGUGCUCAGGGAACCGGCUCCGAGGACAUACCUGGUGGAAGCCUGAAAGCUAUCAAACUAACAGGCGAUCCAAACAUCCCUCGUGGGGAGAUCAGUUUUCAGGCCGACGACAUUGGACCCGGUGGAACUAUCCGCAUUGCCCAUGAGGAGCCAUUUGAGGGAGCAAGGGUGCAUUUAUACCCACAGAGCUCUUCCUUGUUUCGCAUGACUGCAUUGCACAUUAUUGGGGGGAGUUGGGGCGUAUAG